AGGAGAGAGGACACCCUCUUUCCUCUUCAGCACCCCUCUCUGACCAUCAAUCAUCCAGGGCCAUUGUGGUCCUAUCCAGGGUAGCCUGCAGCGCAACCACACAGCCCAGCCACCCAGCCAGGCAGGCAGAAGAGAGGAGAGGAGAGGAGAGAGGGGGCAACGAGCUGUAGCCUUCAGGGAGAAAGGAAAGUGGAAAAUAAUGGCAGCCGGGGAACGGCCUUCUUCCUGUCCUCUUCUCCAGCCAGUGAUGCUGGGCUUGGAGGCAGCGCUGCUCUCCUUCUGCAUCUCCACUGUAUUCUCCCAGGUCCCAGACCCAGAGCUUUUACCGACAGAUCCCCCAAAGAAGCCAGACCCAGUCACUUCAGAAACAGUCGUGUUCUGGGGACUGCGGUUAUGGCAGGUUAUUGGCAUCUUCUCUAUGUUUAUUCUAGCAGUCAUCAUAACCCUAUGCUGCAUCUUCAAAUGCCGUAUCCCCAGGACAAAGAAGGAGAUUGAGGCGCGACAUGCUCAGAGAGUAGCAGCUAAGGACUACGCCAACACACUGGAGACAGUGCCUCCUCUCAACGAGCUCACAGAGAUCCCAGGAGCGUUCCUGGACACUGCAUCCCUCCCAACGGUCUCUGAGCAGCAGCCAGCUCCCAGUGGUGAGAGAGGAGGUGGUGCUCACUGGUUCCCUCACUCAGCCUGAGACUGGAUGACUUUCCUCCCUCCUUCUUAUCACUCAGCCUGAGACUGGAUUACGUCCAUCCCUCCGUUUCCUACUUCUUAUUGUUUCUUCUCAACUUCCCUCUCUCCACAUUCCUAUUUAUGUUCUGACAAAAUGGGAAAUCCACUAGAGGGAAUAUUGGAGCAUGAAGCUCAGCAUUCAGUAAUUCACAAAAAAGGAAUGAAUAGCUGAAUAGAAUAGUUCAUUGAGUAACUCCGCGUUAGUCAUUACUUCCCAGAAAGAAUGACUUGGAGAUUGUUGAGAAUAUUGCCGGCUGAAGAGUUACAAUUGUAGGUGUUAAGUACUUGAAAUGGGUUUUCACUAUUUCCUCAUCUGCUCUUUGUUGAUAUACUCAUCCUUGUCGAUCACACAUUUUUAUAUUUUUUUUAAUUUUACCAUCAUUUAACUAGGCAAGUCAGUUAAAAACAAAUUCUUAUUUUCAAUGACGGCCUAGGAACAGUGGGUUAACUGCCUGUUCAGGGGCAGAACCUUGUCAGCUCGGGGGUUUGAACGCUCUAACCACUAGGCUACCCUGUACAUUGAUUGUACAUUGGACACAGAACUGCAAGUUCAGUAUCUGGUAGCCAACUGUGGAUUAUGAAAAAAUGUAGAUUAAUCUUUAAGGCUUCUGUCAGUGAUGUUGCAUGUCUAUUCCUUGUCAUUCGUUGUUUUUCCUUCUCUUCCUCUGACUCAAUCUGUAAGCUUGGCUUUGAAUAA